AUGGAGAGGUUUUGGAAUGACAAUUACUACGACACACUCCGUUUCUACGAGAAUGAAGCUGUAAUGAUCGUCUCAGAGUGUACAGGCAACACACCCAGUAAGCGUGAUCAAACUGCUAGAAUCUUCUUUGACACUAUUAAAGUGGUCAAACUCACAUUUGUUAAUCAACAGGUAGCGGCUCUCUAUGCUACCGGACGUACUACAGGCCUACUCGUCGAUGUCGGUGAUACUGCCAUUCACAUUGUACCCAUCAAAAACAGUGAAAUCCUUACUGAAGCCGUCACCAAACUCAAUUAUGGUGGGCGAGAUGUUACAAACUACUUGGUCAAGCUAAUCAAUCAACAACAACCAAAUACUAUCAAUUCAAAUGGAGAGAUUGAUGAGACUAGAGUAGCCAAAGAGACACUAUGCAAGGUGGCACCAAACGCCGCUACAGCUGCCGCUGCUACUGGUCAAUCUGGAUCAUUCACUCUUGGUGACGGUCAAGAUGUCAAUCUCAACAACAAACAAAUUUAUGUUGGUGAACUAUUGUUUAAUCCUUCUCUCAAUAAUAUUGCAGAUAGUAGUCUUCCAGCUGGUAUUGUUGAAUCGAUUGGUUCUGUUGCUGCAGCUGAUCGAGCCACCAUGUACAACAAUAUCGUGUUGGCCGGUGGAUCAUCCAAUUUCCCCGGUCUCGUCGCUCGUCUCCAAACCUCCAUCCCUGCACUCGCUCCACCCUCCACCGUAUUCAACAUUAUUGCACCAGCCAACCGUGAACACCUUGCCUACACUGGUAUCUCCCAACUCUCUACCCUCCCUCAAUUUGUCAAUCAAAGUGUUUUCAUUACCAAAGAUCAAUUUAAUCAAAAUGGUAAUACUGUUGAAAAUCUUUUAAAUGGUAUUCUUGGUAUGCUUGAGACACUAUUCAUCAACCAAUCAUCCACUUUUGGUCAGGUUGAUCUUGGUUCCAUCUCUCAUCAAUUGCCUAGUCUUAAACAUCUUUCAAUUCGUGGAUUUGGGUUGAAUCUUAGUACUCUUGCAACACUCAAGUCACUUGUACUUGAUAUCACCACCAUCGACGAUCAAAUCAACCUAUCAUCACAAUGUCAGUCUCUCAAAAAACUAGUUAUUCAUUAUUGUUAUGACCCACCAUCCAACAUAAUCAUUCCACCGACUGUUGAAAAACUUAAAAUCUAUAAAAGUACAUGGUGUCCAAUACUUUCUCAAGUUUUAUUUCCACCACGACUAACUCAUCUAUCAAUCAUUGGCGAUCCAAUCAUUGAAUAUAUUAAAUUACCAGAAACACUCAUCAAACUUCUUUAUACAGUCAGGUCAUCUCGAUUUAAAAUUCCUCUUGGUUUGAAAAAACUUUCGUUAUUAGACCCCGAUAAUCUAAAUGUAUUAGUAUUGGAAACAAAAUCACUUCAAGGUGGUAUAAUCACUCAACAAAGAAAAUUAGAUUAUAAUAAUAAUAAUAAUAAUAAUCAACAACAAUGUGAUCCAAUUUAUUUGGAUAUGAUUUCACUUGAAUGGAAAAAAAGACAAAACUUUAGUAUAUUGGAAACACAAUCGCUUACAGGUGGAAUAAUCUCUCAAUUCGAAUCAUAUGAUGAUCAAGAACAAGAUUAUUAUCCUAUUUAUUUAUAUUUUGAUCAAUUUACAUUUGAAUACUUUGAAGAAGAAGAAUAUGAUGAAAUAUAA